AUGAAUGUUAAUCCGGUAUCCAUUUUAUAUAUGCUCAGUCAAACAUUACAUGUUCAUUUAACUUUCGAUUGCGCACCAUUGCAUAACUCAUCGUCCAAAAAUAACCCUAAAUUUCUCGGUAGUUUUCGCUUUGGAGAGUAUGCCUACGGGAAAGGGGAAGGUUCCAACAAGCGCACCGCAAAAGUUCAUGCUGCCGUGGACGCAUUGAUAAAAUUACGGCAAUCGGCUGUUGCUGGUGUGAUCGAAAAUUUCCUAAACGAUCAAAAAAUUAAUCCAGCCUCAUUUGAACAAAUGUUAUCCACGGAAGAAAACAACUCACAGGAGGAGAAUUCUCUUCCUGGUGGCAGUGCUACUUGUCCUGCGGAAUCGACUGACUAUAUCAGUAAAUUGCAAGCUUUAGCUGUUAAUCGGCGCUGGAUUAUGCCGCAAUACGACGAUUUCGGAGAAGAAAAAUCUCAAGGCUCCAAUCCAACUGCCUUUAUUGUUAAAGCAACUAUCGUUAUUAGUAACCGAACCUUUAAUGAAUAUGGCCGCGCUGGGAGUAAAAAGGAAGCGAAGAAAGAGGCUGCAAAGAAAUUAUAUUUAACCUUAGAGAGCGAUGCAAAAAUCGCACGUGGAGCAUGCUACGAGAAUAUAAGAACAAACAUCAAAAUAAAUAAGAAAACGGUUUCCAAUGACAAACUGGCAUCACUCGCACAUUACAUCUACAAGCCUGACGCCGAAAAGACAGAAAACCACAAAUUGAUUCAUGGAAAUGCAAGUACAAAUACCUACUGA